AUGUCACGCGCCUCGGCCGGCUUUGCGGACUUCUUUCCCACGGCCCCGUCGGUCCUGCAGCAGAAGCGCUUCAAAUCAGGGGACCGCCGAGGGAAAGGUCCAGAUGUCUCUGAGGUGACUGCUCAUCUUACGGUCCCCUCCGCUUCUCCCGGUGGGGCAUCUGAUAUGCCAGCUGCGGAGCGACACUUGACUCAACCGGCCUCUGACCUCCAAGGAGGUGAAUUUACUGCACCACGAGAGGCGAAUGCAACGUUGCCCCCGCCAAUGGCCACUGCUUGUGCACCUAUCGAUACCCUGACGCCCCUGACCAAUGUAGAAUCAUCUCCACCUUGCAAAGCAACGAGCCCGCAGCCGAAGAUAGCGGAGGGGAAUUCCUCGGAUAACACUGACAGACCCAACGAGGACCCGGUCAAAGCCUCUUUGACCCCCAUCCAUACACCCCCAACCGGUCAAUCUCACGUUCGCCCGGGAAACGUGGUCAAGGGCCACCGGGUAGUCUACGAUCCCGAACUCGAUAAACGCUCUUCCAAAGAGACAUCCAAAGAGAAGCGACGCAAACUCGAGUAUAUCAAAAUUCUUGCCAAUGACCAAGCCAUUCCUUCUGAUCCCCGCUUGGCCAUCGCCGCCUACCCUCGGGGAUCCUGUGGGCCAAAGCACAAAUGUCGAAUUGCCCCGUACGUCUUGAAACCUUGGCCGUACGAUGCCACAACCAAUGUCGGCCCAGGCCCUCCCACUGACUUGGCGGUAAUGGGCUUUGAUCCCCUGACCCCGUUUGCUCCCAUCAGUGCUCUCUUCUCGAGCUUUGGUGAGAUUGCGGAAUUGAAAAACCGCACCAACCCCAUCACAGGUCGACUUCUUGGCGUCUGCACCGUGAAAUACAAAGACAGCCCAGCCUUUCGUGGUGGUAAACCCGUCUCAGCAUCUAUUGCGGCAAGGCGCGCGUAUGUCGAAUGCAAGAAGGGACAACGUAUUGGGACUCGAAGGAUUCGGGUGGAAAUGGAUCGCGAUGAAGUCACUUCUGACCGCAUGGCCGCGAAAGCAAUGGAGUCACAGCGCUUGGCUUCCCAGCCCAUCAAUGCGCUCGAAACAAAGCCUGACCCCAAGAAGAAUGAACCUCCUCCGACAGCACCAAAAGGUCCCUCUGGGAGGUCUGCCCUUCGUCCCGGUGUCGUAAUACCCCGGGGGCCGAGCAUCCCCUCGGGGCCCAUCGGCGCGCAGUCUCUGGUUGAAGAUACACCGGUGCUAAACCAGAUCAAACGCGAUCCUUAUAUCUUCAUAGCGCAUUGCUAUGUUCCAGUUCUCAGUUCUACUCUCCCACAUUUGAGUAAACGACUCAAGCUUUUUGGCUAUAAGACCAUUCGCUGUGACAAGACCGGCUACUAUAUCAUCUUUGAGAAUUCCCGACGCGGCGAGGAGGAAACGGAGCGUUGCUUCCGAUUGUGCCACAUGCAGCCUCUAUUCACCUACAUCAUGAACAUGGAAAGUCAGCCUUACGGGAAUCCCAAUCACGUUCGCAGCCCAAGCCCGGAACGCCUCCGAGCCGAAAAACGAGAGAACGCCCAGAAAGAUAGACUCAAGAAAGAGGCUGAGUUGGACAUCGAAGAGGAAAAGAAACAUCGUGCGGCCAACUUGGAUCCUUGCCGGGAAGUGUUAUCCAUCAUCAUUCGUGAUUUAAGAGACAAACUUCUCGAGGAUGUCAAGUCGCGCGUUGCUGCUCCAGCCCUCUAUGAUUAUCUCGACCCUAGUAAGCAUGCUGCCAGGAGGGAAAGAUUGGGGAUUUCUGGACCCGAGGGUACGAAACAUCCGACUUUCCGCAUCGGUGCGGGUAGCACACUGGGGACUCCAGACUCACGUUCUGGGAUGUCCAAUGGCCGAGACCCACUCCGAUCCACCAACCUCAGUGUACUGGCCCUACCACGAAUCCGCAAAGCUCAUGGGUCCGACCGGACUGGAGCUGCAUUUGUGGAUGAGCGACGCCGACAGCCUCUUCGCAAGAGAGAAGUUCGACCUCUGUAUCAUCGCCUGCAGGAAUUACAUGAUGACGAGGAUUCAGACGACGAGCAGCGUACACCGCUCGCUCGGGAUACCGAAGAGAGGAGCAGCCGUCCAGCGAGCCGGGCAAGCUCUGUAUCGGCAUCCGAACAAGAUGAGCAAUAUCAAUCGGAUGCAGUGGGGUCGUUUGCCGAGAGUAGCGCCCUGGCGGCGGAUGAAACGGAUGAAACAGAGAAAACUAGCGAUGGAUUUGUCCAUGACUUGGAAGCGUUGUCUUCUUCCACGCUCAAAAGAAAGCGGUUUCCUGGGGAGACCGAUGCACGGAAACGUCAACGGCAAGACGAUGAGCUUUCCAGCAUUGAGCCGGAGCAGGCGAUCGCAGGCGACACCACUGGGUCAGUUACUGCAAUCGAGACUAAGUCUUAUAUUCGAUUGCCGGUGCAUGAUGAAACCACCAAGGAACAAGACACCGACGUUGUCCCAGAAGAGAUCGCCCCUGACGAGAGCUCUGAUGAAGAUGAUGCCUGGACAACCAAGGGCAUUGAUAAACCCGGAGCCGAGAUCAAAUGGGGAGUUUCUAAACACGAACCACGCGCGACAGUGGAAGAUGAUGAAGCUAUUAUAUUGGACUUGGAUGGUUGGCAGCGCUUGAUCAAGGAUGAGGAAGACAUGCGGUUCCUGCAGGAAAUGUUGCUCGAUCAGAUGACAUCGAACGUGGGGAACCUGGCAGCAUGGGCAUGGCGACAAAAGGAAAUUAAGGCUCUCAACCAGCAAGAGCCUAGAGGGCCAACUCGUGAUGUGAUUGGCAUCACUGGCUACUAUGUUUCCAAUCCAACAGGCGCUGCCCGGACGGAGGGCCGAAAGAAGAUUCUCGAGUCUGAGAAAUCCAAGUAUCUGCCUCAUCGGAUUAAGGUCCAGAAAGCCCGCGAGGAACGGGAGGCGAAAGCCAAGUCUGAUCCUCAGGCUGCAGCCGCUGAAGCUGCGAGGAUCGCUGCUGCAAAGACCAUUUCUAAAUCAACUUCACGGUCGACUCGUGUCAACAAUCGCCGACUCAUCGCCGACAUCAAUGCACAAAAGCAAGCUCUUCCCACCUCGAGUGGUGAGGGCGAUGUUCUCCGGUUCAAUCAACUCAAGAAACGCAAGAAGCCAGUUCGCUUUGCUCGGUCUGCCAUUCACAACUGGGGCCUGUACGCCGAGGAGAAUAUCUCAGCGAAUGACAUGAUCAUUGAAUAUGUGGGUGAGAAAGUCCGGCAACAAGUUGCCGACAUGAGAGAAAGACGAUAUCUCAAGAGUGGAAUUGGCAGCAGUUAUCUCUUCCGAAUUGAUGAGAACACCGUCAUUGAUGCCACCAAACGAGGCGGAAUCGCACGUUUCAUCAAUCAUAGUUGUACUCCCAAUUGCACCGCUAAAAUCAUCAAAGUCGAUGGGAGUAAGCGGAUCGUGAUCUAUGCACUUCGGGACAUUGAACGAGAUGAGGAGCUCACGUACGAUUACAAAUUUGAGCGAGAGUGGGGCAGCGAUGACCGUAUUCCUUGUCUCUGCGGCUCAACUGGCUGUAAAGGAUUCCUCAACUAA